AGCAGGGAGUAAACACUCCCAUUUAUCCCGCUCUCCCUCUCUCUCUCUCUCUCGCUCUUUUACUCUCUCGCUCUCUCUCGCUCUCUCUCUCUCGCUCUUACUCUCUCGCUCUCUCUCCCUCUCUGUCUCUCACGCAGGCACACACGCCAGCGAUCACACUGCAGCAGCAGGCAGACCCGCAGGAUUGUCCUCCCUCAUCUGUGACCCGUCGUCACUGCAGCAGAAGAGAGAGAGACACACGUUGCCGUGGGGGGGCUUAUUUCAGGACGGCACUGAAAGAAGGCGCCGGCUCGUCAUCGCUACCACUGAUCGCUCAUCGUCUUCCCUCGUCAGUCUCUCCUGGAUUCUUCAUUUUCAUCUUCUUUUUUCGUUUUUCACGCCACUGCUGUUUCCAAUGUCACCUUAGCACCCCCCUUAAUCCAGGGUUGAUCUUUUGGGGGGGGGCUGCCCUGAGAGCAUUCAGAGUGCACGCGUUCACGAGUGCGUGUCCGUGUGCGUUGGACGGGCACGUCGUCCACGCUAGCGUAACGUGCGCCUCUGCGACGGGUUUUUUUUCCUCGCGGGCUCCCCUCCCUCCACGUCCCACGAUGCCGCGCUCCACGCCCCUCUGCUAGGCGGCUGCAGCAGCAUGGAUGGUGCGCCGGCCUGGAGACCCACCACGGAACCGACCAGUCCCCUUGCAGAAGAGCAUGCUCACGGUCCCUGCUGUAAAUGGGCGAGGACGCUGACACCCGAAAAAUCAACCACAGCUUUCUGCGGGACCACAAUUAUGUGACUGAAGGGCAGCGUGUGGCUAAGCCCCGGCUCCCAACGCAGCUGAACACAGCCUGGAGGCCCCGAGCCAGGCCCAGCCCCUGUUAGACACCCCUGUCCUGGACCCAGGAUGUUGAAUCCCAUCCAGGUGCUCUGCUCCGACAUCACCACGCUGUCUCUGGAGGCCAAGCAGUCCGCCAAUUACACCGAAGCUGAUAUAAUUUCCACAGUAGAGUUCAACCAGACGGGGGAAUUGCUAGCGACCGGGGACAAGGGGGGUCGUGUGGUCAUCUUCCAGAGGGAACCUGAGAGUAAAAAUGAGCCUUACUGUCAGGGUGAGUACAACGUUUACAGCACGUUCCAAAGCCAUGAACCCGAGUUCGAUUACCUGAAGAGCUUGGAGAUUGAGGAGAAGAUCAACAAGAUCCGAUGGCUGCCACAGCAGAACGCCGCCCACUUCCUCCUUUCCACCAAUGAUAAGACCAUAAAGCUAUGGAAGGUCAGCGAGAGGGACAAGAGGCCAGAGGGCUACAAUCUGAAGGACGAGGAAGGCAGGAUGAAGGAUCUGUCCACUGUGACGUCUCUGCAGGUGCCAGUGUUGAAGCCCAUGGACCUGAUGGUGGAGGUGAGCGCAAGGAGAAUCUUUGCCAAUGGCCACACCUACCACGUCAACUCCAUCUCCGUCAACAGCGACUGCGAGACCUACAUGUCAGCCGAUGACCUGCGCAUCAACUUGUGGCACCUGGGCAUCACGGACCGCAGCUUCAACAUUGUGGACAUCAAGCCAGCCAACAUGGAGGAGCUGACUGAGGUGAUCACAGCGGCCGAGUUCCACCCACAUCACUGCAACUUGUUCGUCUACAGCAGCAGCAAGGGCUCCCUGAGGCUGUGUGACAUGCGUGCGUCCGCGCUCUGCGACAAGCAUGCCAAGCUGUUCGAGGAGCCCGAAGACCCCAACAACCGCUCGUUCUUCUCUGAGAUCAUCUCCUCCAUCUCUGACGUCAAGUUCAGCCACAGCGGCCGCUACCUGCUCACCCGGGAUUACCUCACCACCAAAGUCUGGGAUCUCAACAUGGAGAAUAAGCCCAUCGAGACCUACCAGGUCCACGAUUACCUGCGCAGCAAACUCUGCUCCCUCUACGAGAAUGACUGCAUCUUUGACAAGUUCGAAUGUGCCUGGAACGGUAGUGACAGUGUGAUCAUGACUGGAGCAUACAACAAUUUCUUUCGGAUGUUCGACCGGAACACCAAGCGGGACGUCACCCUUGAGGCAUCCCGGGAGAGCAGCAAGCCACGCGCGGUGCUGAAGCCGCGGCGGGUAUGUGCUGGCGGUAAGCGCCGUAAGGAUGACAUCAGCGUGGACAGCCUGGACUUCACAAAGAAGAUUCUACACACGGCUUGGCAUCCGGCCGAGAACAUCAUCGCUAUUGCCGCCACAAACAAUCUGUACAUCUUCCAGGACAAAGUCAACUCGGAGAUGCAUUAACACUGAGCGCAACAUUGGACCAUGAAUCCCCCUUCUUACCUGAGAGGAGCCCAUGCAGCUCCCACAUUUCCUCAAAAUAUUCACUGGACCCACCUGACAUUUGGAAACAGGGCAAACACUUUUUGUUGGAAUUGUGGAUUGUGAUUCAUCACUUGUGUUUGUUUCCCAGUGGUUUUCAGGAAGCCAUCAACGAGGUGGAGAUCACAGACUUUUUACUCCCAAGUGGAUAGAAGGAAUGUAUGAUUUCACUUGACAUCCUCGUUUAGCUUUCCAGGGUUUAUUUCAUCUGCUUCUAGCUGCCCAAAUCAUGCCCUCUUUGCUCUGUCACAAUUUAACUCUUGUUGUCACUCUAGUUGUCACACGUUGUCAGACCUGGUAUCAUUUUUCAUGUGUGAAAAACUAUGAUGUUUUGUUGCUAACCCCCUGCAGGUCUUUGUUAACGUAACCCCUGUUGGUUGUAAAAGGUUCAGCAGUGGAUGCCAUUAUUUUAUCAAUCAGCUUAUUCAUUGCCACAGCACUAUUGCUCCAAAGAAAAUUAUAUUCUUAAAAUAUUAUAAUUCUUACCAUUGAGUUGUACUUUUCAUGCACUAGGUACUGCAAAAAAGGAGCUGGGCUUAUGACCAAAAGGUUUCAGGGUCUUGUCAAGGAAGGGCACCCUACUCCCUCUGUAACUGUUAGGGUGAUUUAAUAAGAUAUUUCAAAUAUUCAAGCUGUGUACAUGGGUAAAACUGUAAGCUUCGUAAGUAAUUUAGCAACAGCAUUAUCUAAGAAGCCAGAUUUGCAAAGUAGGGCAGCAGAUAUUUUUGUGAAUGAAACAAAAACAAGAAAUCUUUAUUGAUGUGGUUAUUAAUGAUGUCAGCAGGACUGAUCUCGCUGCAGGUCGCCGACCUCAUGCAUUUUGGUUCUUUAAGGGCUUCUAGAUCUUCAUCUGCCCCAUCAUUUUCACUUGAUUUUAUUGGGCGAUAGGUAUGUAGUUUAAAACUUUUAAAAAGUUCACAGAUGGAACUGAGGACACCUUACGGCCAGCAGAGUAAGAAAAGCAAAGUUGUAAUCAAAAUAUUCAAAGUUCAAAGAGGAUUCAGAUCAAUCCGUUUCUGUUGUUGAGAAUACAAGCUCCAAAUAUUCUUUGAUCUUUGAAGUAGACUACAUGUUCUGUGUUUUCCGAAUGCAGUUUUUUUUUUUUAGAAAGCAUUAGCUUCAGGGUUAAUCUGGUUGAGCACGCCCCCCCCCCCCCUUUCCAUUGUGUCAUGUUUUUCCAUCUCAUUUGUCUGACUUGAGUUUUAGCAUCGUUGUCCGAAGUGUGGUCCAGAGUAUUGAAUGUGCACAGAAAAUGGGGCCCUCUAAUGUAGGGUUUCUGCGAUGACUGCUGUGUUUUUGAACUUUGUAACAAUUAAAUUUGGCUUUGGUGUCUGGAAUGAACAGGGUGGGGGGGGGGGGGGGUGAAGAGGGUCACACGGAGCCCUGCACUUUGCAGCGUGUAGCGUGUUAGUGGUGGUUAUAGUGAUUGUGGUGGACAUGGUAUGGUGCAGGUGUGAAUGUAUGUCUCAGUUAAAUCCUUUUGUUUUGUGUUGUGAGCUUACGGUAAUGUUGACGCUGACAGCAAGGACAAUACCGCUGGCGAAAAUGGCAUUUUUGAUAGAAGUAGCCUGUUUGGAGGGAUUUCUGACUCUCCUGUGAUGAGAGACUGUAUUUUACAGCACAGAGAAUGACCAGUGGUAUGAUAUUGCACUCUCUAUCUCUCUUUCACUUUUGAACAUGCAGCCUUUACAAAAAAGAUUUGUUACAAUGAGGACAGUUCCCCCCAGAAGUCCAGGCUUACCGUAGGGAUUUAGACCUUGACACAUGCUCCUUUGCAAAUUAGGGGAAAAAAAGUAACAGCAAAUGACCCUGCAUGAUGAUAAUUGAUCUGUUUUUAGGUUUCUGGCUGCCUUUUUCAGAACCAUAAACGGGCUGUUUGCUGUAUAAUGGCUUGCAAUGGUGUGUCUUUUCAUGGCACUAGAUACCAUAAAACAACUAAUAUACGUUUUGUGUUUGGAGGCACAAAAGCAUGUUUGCCAUUGUCCAGUGUUACAAUGUACAUUUAUAAUGCUUACAACUUUUAAUGAGGCAAAAAUUAAAAGGAAUGAGGAAUGUUUAUUAAUAAUAAUCAAAUCUUUGUAAUGGAUCAAUGGAACUGUGUAUAUACUGUUGAUUCUCUUUACGAUAUAACUAAUAUUUCCUGUAAUAAAACAAGAAGAUGCUGAACACAGGAGGAACGUGGCCCCGCAGGACGUACAGGAGUACAGCUGUCAUCAGGACGUCUAGAAAGUCGUGUUACUUUUGACAUGAAAUGAGGGGGGCAGUCAGUUCAGGUCAUUCCAUGCUGUGUCCCCGAAGAGGCCCACAGGUAGCCUUACGAAGGCACUUCCGCUUCUCAGCUCAGUUCGCCGCCGUGACCAAUGCUCACCUCCACCUGCCCCGUUCCUCACCCAGAAACAAACUUUGAAAACAAUGCUGAAAUUAGGCACACAUUGGAGUGGAAAUCAAAGUACACACUCUCUUCAGAGCCUAGCUGAUUCUUUUCCUCUGGUGUUCAGUUUUUUUCUAAGAUUACAUAUAUUUCUCCUAGGCCACUGGCUAAGGGUGCCUGUCCUUCACAUCAGGUUCUCCUUCUCUCCUCCCAUUCACCUCGCAUUUGUUUAGUUUCUGUUAAUUUCCUGUUUUUUGGACAGCAUACAUGUCAAAUGGACAGUUAUAAAUAUGUUAAUAUGAGUUUUCAAAUAAAGAUUUCAACAAAGAA